AGACGACCGGCUGUAGCUGAGCGAUAAAAUGUUGUUUAUUUUAAACCAUACUUAUAGAGUUAUAAGUCAAACAAAUAUUAAAAAAAUAUAAUUUUAUAAAUUGUAGAUAAUGAAUUGAAUGAACUAUCAUUACUAUGAAAUUACAUAAAAUAAUUGUUCUAGCGGACAAAAUGUUUGAUACCUUGACCUUCGAAAGUGCAUUUUAAUCAUCAUAAUCAUCAGUUAAUCAUAAUAAAAUCAGUGCUAUUCCCAUUGGUGUGGUUAUACACUGGUCGUUUUUUAAUUCGUGGAUAAUUAGUGAUGAUGUGGGCUGUGGAUAUGGGUGAUUCCCAUAACUAAAACAAAUAAAAUGAGAGAAUUAGACAUUGAAUGAGUGAUCAGUGAUCUACCAAACAAUUUUGCGCUCCGCUCAUUUUUUCGGAUUUCAGGCAGAUUCAGUAUUUGUUUGUAGCUGUUAUCAACAAAAUUUGAAAAUCAAAUAUUUUCUAACCAUGACUAAUCCAUUUCCUUCUAUAUACCAUAGUUUGGAUUCAAUUUUGAACAUUUUGAAGAAACCUGAAAAUUUAGCAGUACAUGGAGUUACAGAGCUAUUACAGAUUUAUGAAGGUGCCAAAGAAAAUAAAAAGAAAUCUGAUGCAUCAGGAGACAGUAGGAGACAUCCUUUCAUAGUAUUAGAGGGUUUGGAUGGUUCAGGCAAAUCCACCGUCGGUUUACGAUUUGCUAAAAAAAUAAAUGGAAUAAAAUGGCAAACUCCUCCUGAAAGUAUCAAGCAUCUUCGAAGUCUAACUGAUGAAAACAGAGUUUUGUUUUCAGCAUAUUACUCUUUGGGUAAUUAUAUUGCUGCUUUGGAGGUUCAAGUGGCUCUAAAAGAUAAACCAAUCGUAAUGGACAGAUACUGGCACUCUACCACAGCUUUUGGUAUAGCCCAAGCAGUUAACGAUAACGAGGACUUACAAGAAUUACCUCCAAAAGGAGACCAAGUAUAUUGUUGGCCAGAAGAUUUAUAUAAACCAGAUGUUGCUAUUUUCCUUGAUGUCGACGAAUCUGUGAGAUUACAAAGAUUGUCUCGAAGAAAAGAAUUUACUGCCCAAGAGAAUUUAUUGAAGUCUUCUCCAGAAUUUCGGAACAAUGUUAUUUCUGCAUAUAAAAAUAUGUCUGACCCCGAAGUAAUCUUUAUCAAUGGAAAUAGGUCAUUUAAAAAAGAGUGUGAGGAACUUUGUGCCAUUGUUAAACCGUUUUUAAUAGAUUAAUUUCGUUGAUAGUUCUUUAUUAAAACUGGAACAAAGUUUAUUAAAUUUAUAUAUUAAUUUUACUGUAAUACAUUACCAUUUUGUAUUAAUAAAUUGUAUGGUUUAAAAAAAUUUUAAUU